UUAAGACAUAAAUGUUUUUUUUAUACUGUUUAGAUCAUUUUGUUUGUAUAUGCGCUGUCAAGAACAAAGAUUUUAUGUUCGCUUGCUUUUUGAAAAGCUUCUCUACGUCUAUGCACUACUGAGUGCACUUAAACGUGCGCACACACACACAGACGGAGGCACAGCAUAAACAGUCACCCCACAUAAAAACAUUGUUGUUUUUCAUUGCUCUAUUCACCAAAUGUAUUUUAUUGGACUAUAGUAUGAGACACAGUAGCGCAUCUCUCUUCUGAUCUUUAAAGGGAAAUAGUGAUGAUCACGUCUGACUGGAUCUGGAAUGGACGCAUUCAACCUCAUGUGCAUCUGUGCAUACAGAAAGCUGCUCACUUUAACGCCUUUUUGGGGUUAAAUUGUUUAAAAUCACUUGAAUGUUAUCAUUUGCAAGCCUUGAAACACGUGCAACUGAUAAACUUUCCCUAUUUAAAUUUGCGCAUUAAUCUGCGAAUUGCAUGCAAGCCGUGGGUCUUGAUCUGUAUGAAUCACGGAUCAACUGUGGUCCGUCACAGCACUGUGUUGUCAGCUUUCCUCCUUAUGAAUUCAAUUAACUGUGAUGAUAUUUAAUGUGCGGUCAGAGAUGUUUUUAUCAGUUUACUGUGUGGUUCUCUUGGUUUCAGAACAAAAUGGUGCAGGAAUCCGUGGGUUCUUUAAGGGAACUUGUGAGGCUGUGAAACGUCUCUUUCUCCCCAGCCGCAGUACUAAAGUGGAGCCUAUUGUUCCCUCACUGCAGCCGGACAAAACUCGAUCUGAUGGAGGGCUGUCCGUCCCAGUUGUGUCCGGUCUCGAGCAAAGUUCAGGUUCCCACUCGCUCGAGGAUAGACCUGAUGCGUGUCCGGUUGAUGAGGAAAAUGCAGCCGAAGUUUGCUCAGUGCCCGAUCAAACUUUAAACACGGAUUCAGAUUUUCAUAGAAAAGCGCAUGUAUUGGAUACAUCGGACAUAAUGUCUGCGUCCUCUGUGCACAAUGCUGAUGAAGGUGUCCUUCAGAGGAAUGGCGCUGAAUCACUGACAGAACAAAUGCUAGCAGUGCUAGACUCUUUUCUGAAAUCUGAUAUACAGUCUAUAAAGGUGGAGGAAACUUCAUCAGAUGAUAUAGACAUGAACACUGUGGUAAAGAGACACCUGGUAUCUGACACUGUGUUGUCAAAUGAACCUAAUGAAACCUCUAAUGGGAUCAAACCAAAUGUAUGUUUGCCCCUCACUGACACAGAGGUUGACAUUGGAGUCAAUGGAUUGGAAGUUGACAUUUUUAGUGACAGUUUCCCUGAUCCGAUUGACAUCUGUUCACGGGAUUUGUCACUCACUCCUGUUAACAUGCCAAUGGAUGUGUCACACACUGUGGACGACAGCCCAGAAGAACAAAAUGGCGCAGGGAGAAAGAAGGCAGGAAUCCGUGGGUUCUUUAAGGGAACUCGUAAGGCUGUGAAAAGUCUCUUUCUCCCUAGCCGCAGUACUGAAGUGGAGCCUAUUGUUCCCUCACUGCAGCCGGACAAACCUCGAUCUGAUGGAGGGCUGUCUGUCCCAGUUGUGUCCGGUCUCGAGCAAAGUUCAGGUUCCCACUCGCUCGAGGAUAGACCUGACGCGUGUCCGGUGGAUGAGGAAAAUGCAGCCGACGUUUGCUCAGUGCCCGAUCAAACGGCGACAGGAAUCCGUGGGUUCUUUAGGAGAACCUGGUUGGCUACAAAGCAAACCUUCUCCUGCCUAAGCAGCAAUACAAUAGAAAGAUCUCCAUCUUAUCAAAAACUGUUUAAGCCCACUGAUGGAGAUGUUCAGUCUUACUAUAAAUUGGGUGAUAUCCUGGGAAAAGGAGGAUUUGGGAUGGUCCGUCGGGCAACCCGUAUUUCUGAUGGUCAAGAGGUCGCCGUCAAAUUCAUGUCCAAGUUGGAAGAUACGCGUACGCUUUCGAUUCCUGGCCAUCGCAAACGUCUGCUUACCGAGGUGGCUCUGUUACUUAAGAUGAGCGAAGCUCCCUUAAGCCCAAAUGCCAUCAGAAUGUACGAGUGGUUCGAUGAUCCCAAGGAUGUGAUCGUGAUUAUGGAGUACCCUAAGCCCUGCAAAAGCUUGUUGGAUUUUGUCAUAGAACACUCAUGUCCACUGAGUGAAGACACAGCACGUGUUUUAAUGCGUCAAGCAGUACAGGCGGUAAUCGACUGCAUUGACCACGGCGUCUUUCACAAUGACAUCCAUCUAGGCAACAUGCUGGUCAACACGAGCACAUUAGAGCUCAAGUUGAUUGACUUAGGUUGUGGUCAGCUGUUCUCUCCUGCUGGCUACAAGACCAAAAAGUAUCGAGGAGUACCAAGUUACUGCCCACCCGAGGUCUUAUCCAACCCCAGAUAUCACGCCAUCCCUACAAAUGUCUGGUGUUUAGGUUUGGUUCUGUAUAAAAUGGUCAAUGGGUGUAUAUGGAUGCCAUAUGUCCAAUCAGAGGAAGUCCAAUUUUGGAAUACCAGCUUAUCGGAAGCGUGUCGUAGCAUUAUUAGACAGUGUGUAGCCCUUGAUCCAGCUGAACGGCCCACAUUACAGCAGAUCUUGAGCCACAGCUGGUUUAAUCCAGAAUGAAGGCAGGCAGGGUCUUCUGUUCAUCACUGCUGUCAGACAUGAGGCUACACGUAAAUGUACUGGACAUCACACAGAACUGACCAGACCUCAUUAACCUACUGUUAACGUUUUUUAUUUUUUUUAGUUAUGUUAAAUUGUAUUUAUUAUUGUAAUAAUUUGAUGUAUUGUAAAUAUAAUGUAUUGUACACAUAAUUCUGAUGUAUUGUAAAUAUAAUUCAAAUCAUACAUAUGUUUAUUAUUUUAAACCAAUGUUUUUAUCCUAAGUCAAACUUAAUACACCAUGGUGUUGUUUCCCAGACCGGGUUUAUCUUAGCCUCAUACUUAAAUGCAUGUUUGAGCUGCUUUAAUUUAAAAAUACCUUGAACUGACAUAUCUUGCAUCAGUGCCUUUGUUUUGUCUUAAGAUGUACACCAGUUUUUUUUUUUAUUAUUAUGUUUGUAUAAACUACUUAAAUGUCCUAGUCCUGAAUGAAUGUAAACACUGUCUGGGAAACUGACCCUAAAUAUUACAUUCACCCAAUCCAAAACAGUCAUAUUAAUGAAAUGUAUUUUCUUGAAUGUCUCAUUGUUUAAAUAAAUCGAGUAUUUUUUCAAAAA